AAAAUGAAUUAAUUAAUUAAAAAUGUUUUCGUGCAGUGAAUGCAAUUUCAAAAGUCCACGUCGCUCAAAUGUGCAGCGGCACCAUCACAGACAACAUGGCGAAAAGAAAAGUGAAGAAACCAUCUACCAGUGUAACUGCUGCAGCUACACCACAAAUCUGCCAUACAACCUUAGGAGGCACAAAAUUCAGGAGAACCAUGGGUCGGCAUUGAAGCCGAAGAAAAUAGUACGUCAGGAAUUAGGACAUCAGGCAGUGGAGGAACAGACAAUAGGGGCAGUGGAGGAGGCAGUGGAGGAUCAGACAAUAGGGACAGUGGAGGAGGCAGUGGAGGAUCAGACAAUAGGGACAGAGUUAACUCCCAGUGACCCAGUGACGCCGGCAAAACAAAAUUCCAAUUAUGAAAUUGAGGAUGAGGAGGCCCUGACCCCAAAAAAAGUUUAUUCACAAUGUCAUUCGGAAAUUAAAUGGAAAUCCUUUAAUUUUCAACUUAAAGCAUUCAACACCAGGCUGGCCAAACUGACGAAUGGCCAAUUAAACGAUGAUGAUGAUGUCUUAUUGUUUACGUUACACCAAGUUGUAGAGGACCGGGGAGGAUUCCACAGGAUUAAAAACUGGGAUAAGGUGGCAGCAAUUUUGGGCUCAACGCCACAAACUGUAAAAGAUCUUUAUCAAAGUAGACUGCUCCAAUUAGAAAUGACGGAAAGAAGUCGAAAAAGCGAACUAAGGGCUCUAGAUAUUCCAUUCUGGUGGGAUGACGGAGACCCAGUAUCAUAUACUAACAAAAAAAUAAGAAAUAAAGACUUAUAACUUUUCAGUCAUA